AUGAUUAUACUCUUAUUGGGAAUAGUGACUGUCCUUGGAGACAAUAUUAAAAAUCUGAGUGACUAUGCCAUUAUCUUGAAUCAAAGUAUUUGAAAUUGUUUAGAUUAUUAGCAUAGGAAAUAAAGCAUUAUGAUUUGGAAAUUAAUGAGGAAGCAGUGUUAUUUCAAUAUCCAUAGGGAUCUAUACUGAAAAGCUCAAUAACUUCAGACAAUAAAACAACUCUAUGUGGAGUGAAUCACGAUUAUAUCUCAAUAACAACAAAUAUAUCUAAGCAGAUUAUCAAAUAAGAUUAGGAGAUGUACACCACUCUUUCAGAUUAAAUUAUUGCCGCAAUCAAUAAAAAAACAACGAUGGGAUUUAUUACAGAGUAAAACUAUUAUAUAGAAUUUGACUUUAUAUCUUUAGACAUCAAAAAUACUAUCGGAUUAAACUCUCACAUGUCUUAGACUCAAAUUUAUUAAUCAGGAAUCUACAGUAUUGAAACUAAUUUAACUAUUUUAUUUUACACAAAAACUGUUCUAAUUUUAGAUGAUGCAAACAAUGUAGUAGCUUAGAACCUUACUUUAAUGGAAAUCAAUGAGGUUCUAAGUAGUUUAGGGUUCUUGUACGUAGCUACCAAAAAAGGUUUGGUAGUUUAUAAAAUUGACCCAACUAACAAGACCAUCACCUUUAAUCAGACCAUUGAGGACAAAUAACAUAUAAUUGAUAUUGCAUUGGGUGGAGAGAAGGGAGAGAUAUUAUAUUUGUUAAAAAACGAUGGAAUUCAUAUUUAUCAAAUCACAAAAGAUGCUGUCUUUACUAAGCAUCCAAAUUUAUCAAUUAUUCCUAUAGAUUAUGCCAUUGCAUUUGAUUAGGAUAAUGAUUAAAGUCUAAGUAUAUUGAUUCGUCCUUAGAAACAUGUUAUAUUUCUUGAUAUCGAAAUAAAUCUUGAUAAAGGAGUAUGGCUAUUAGAGAGUCAACACAAACUUAAAAUUAAUGCAGAAGAAGUGUAUAUCAAUGGUAAAUAUGCAAUAUUGAGAGGAGUAGAUACUCAUAACAUCAUUAGGCAUUCCUUACCGAAUAUCUUCACUGUAAGAAUUUAAUUACAUACUUAGCGAAUUUUUAAUAAUUACCCGUUUAUGUUAUCAAAUGCAGUCCUAUUGGGAUUUCAUGAAUUGAAUAUUGAACAUUAGGAUGAUACAGUUCAUAAUUGGUACAAGAAUUCAACUAAGAACAUUUUGUACGGUGUUGAUCCUAAUUAAAUCGUCUUAUAUCAAUGGUAAAAUUAUGAAGGUUAGAUUACCUGUUACACAGAAGAUGAAGCAUUAAUUGGCUAGGUAAUUGUUAUAUUAAUAAUUGAAGACUUUUGUUUAUGAUGUCGAAGCUACUUUAAGUGAAUGCAAUUAAAAAACUGAAUAUAAGGAUGAUAUUGUAAGCAAAGAUUUAUUGGUUUGUCAAUUCCAAACAAAAGUAUAUAUUAAAGUGCUUGAAGAUAUUUAGUCAUAUUAAUAAAAUAUUCUAAUUAUAAUAUGCGUAGCUUUAGGAGGGGCUCUCAUUUUGAGUAUCCUUGUAUUUGCAUGUUAUAGAAAGAAAACUCAAUCUUAAUUGAUCUAAUUUAAAGAAUAAAUUAAAAAAUAUGAGAAGUUUUAGGGAGAAGUCAACAGUGAAUCUCAUGGUAUUAGAUAGGAAACUCCUCAUCCAGUUAACAAUUUUAAAAUUGAUGAUGAUGAUUAAUGA